AUGUUGAUGGAACUUGGAUUAGAUGCCUGGGCUGGACUCGCCCGUAUUUUCUUCGUGAUUCAUCACCAAAAGAAUAACACCGUAGAUGUUGUGUCACUUCUCUCUGACCCAUCUCUCAGGGGAUAUAAGAAUCUCUUCGACGCUGCCAAAAUGAGCAAUCUCAGAGGAUAUGACUUUGCAGUCGCUGCUCUGCCCUACUCUCCUUUCAUCAUGGCUGCUGACGAGGCUCUCGCCGGUCCUGGAAAGUACAAAGGAUUGGAAGUUCUACUAUUGGACGUUUUAGCGGAAGCUGCGAACUUCACAUACCACUAUGUGGCCCCUGCAGACGGGGAAUGGGGUAGACUCAAACCCAGUGGCGUGUGGACUGGCAUGAUAGGUAUGGUAACUACUGAAAAAGCAGACUGGGCCAUGAGUGACAUAACAUUCUCUCCUCAGAGGGAAGAAUACGUUGAUUUUUGUAAGCCGUUCAUUUAUGACGCUUCUGAGCUUGUAACUCCAAGAGCAAAGCUGCUCCCACAGUGGUUAGGGCCAGUAAGACCAUUAAGUCUGGAGGUGUGGAUUGGAGUCGUGGUCAUGGUAGCCUUUUCCGGGCCUUUUCUUUGGUUUUUGGCUAAACUCUUCGUUGGCUCCGAGAUAGCCUACGUCAAAUACUUCCAGGAGAUCGGCAACGCAAUAAUGUACAUUUUGCAACCCGUCUUUCAGAAGGGGCACCCAAACGACGUCCGCGAUGCUCCAGGAAGACUCUUCUACGGAACGUGGCUGAUCUUCACAAUGAUUAUCGGAAUUCUGUACUCAUCGUCUCUCACUUCCUUCCUCGUCUUCCCAGGAUAUCAGAAACCCAUCGAGAAUUUACAACAACUGGUGAAAUCAGACAUUGGAUGGGGAAAGGUCAAUUUUGGAGGUAUCCAAAAUGCCAUACUGGAGCAGACACAGGAUCCAGUACUCAUAGCUCUUCGAGAAGGUGUGCAGUGGCGAAGUUCUUUAGAUGGUAUCCUUCAGGAUGUGGUCAAAGGCACUCUGGCUACUUGGGAUAACAGUAUCACAACCAGACUCACAAUUGCAGUCAAGUUCACAGACAGCAGCGGUCAACCAUUAGUUCAUCUACCGGGGUUUGAGCUUCUACAAGAGAGAAUAGCUUGGCCAAUGCAACAACAUGCGCCAUAUAAGCAAAGGUUUGACAAACUCAUUUCCAGAGUGGUUCAAGCAGGACUGGUACAGAAGUGGCUGAAGGUUCCCACAGUCAUUUUUGGGUCGCGCAAAACUCUAUGA